AUAAAACUCCCAAUUACCCACCCCUUAUUAUAGGUGGCGCUCACAACGAUUAGGUUCAACGCUAUUCUCGCCUCCGCGACUGAAGAUCACUUUCACUUUAACCUUCAAUCGUAAUUCGCUUCGCAGAUUCCUUUAAACAUUAUACAUAAUGGCUGAUUACGGAUCGUGGUGCCUCAAAGAUAUAAGAGACGAAUUGCGUCGACGGAAUGCGCGAGUCUCCGGUCGGAAAAGAGAGCUUGUCGAAAGACUAGAAGCUUAUGACAGAAACAGUAAUUUUGGUAGCAGUGAGAAUGUUGAGAGAGAAUAUGAAAUGAAAGUGCCCUGCUAUGAGCAGUACAAAGAUAUUAACAAAGACACACAAUUUACACCUGUAAAGAAAGAAGCUAUUGCUGCAUAUUUAGGGAAAAUGGGGAAAAGUGUGGAUGAUCAUGUGAAGUAUAUAUAUGAGAGCAAGUUUCUGAAAUAUGUGCGAUUGGCGUGUGAUGUUGGUUUGUUUUUUGUGAGAGCUGAAUGUCAUGCAGAGAUGAAGAAAAGCAUUUCAUACAAAGUGGAUGUCUGUGUGGAUGUAGAUGGAUGUAUUGUGCAAUGCCAGUGUGAAUGUGCUGCAGGGAUGGGCCCAUCUGCUGUGUGUAAGCAUGUAUCUACUGUGUUGUUUGGUUUACAAAUGUUUAGUGAGUGUGGAGACAUAGUAACAGAAGAAACAUGUACUCAAAACCUACAAACAUUUCAUCAUACCAAACGUUAUAAGGGUAGCCCCAUCAAGGCCAAAGACUUACCAUUGGCUAACCAAGACCUUAAUGUCAUUUUUGAACCUCGACCAAGAGAAUUUCAAAAUGCUGCUGGACAUCAAGACAUUUUCAGAAAUGUGUGGUUAAAUCACCCAAAUCUUGAUUAUUUCCCUGUGUCUCAGCUAUUUUCAUAUGCCAACAAAGUGGCUUUAAACAAUGACCAUGACUAUCUACAAGGUUCUCUUUCCGACAACUGGCUUCGGAAUAUGAAUAUUACUGCCAUAACUGACAAUGAAAUAAUGCGGACGGAAAGACAGACAUGUGGACAAAGUAACAAUAAAUUAUGGCAUACUGAACGUCAAAAAAGAAUUCAUUCCUCUAACUUUGGAAAAAUUUGUAAAGCAACUGAGAAAACUGAUCUAAACAAAGUUGCCAAAAAUUUGACAAAACAUAGCCCCCAAUUAUUUGCCCCUGCUAUUUUACAUGGCAAAUGCUAUGAAUCAGUUGCUUUACAGGAAUUUCAAGAAAAAUCUGGUAUUCAAACCAAAAAGUGUGGUAUUUUUGUGUCUAAAUCACAUCCUUACUUGGCUGCAUCUCCUGAUGCAGUCAUUGAUGACAACAGAUUAGUUGAAAUCAAAUGUCCCUAUUCAGCAAAAAACAAAGAAAUAUCAGAGGAAACUGUACCUUAUCUUAAUUAUGUUAAUGACACCUUAGAGCUUGACAAUUCUCAUGAUUAUUACUAUCAAGUGCAAGGACAGCUCUUCUGUUCUGGAAGGAAGGAAUGUACAUUUAUUGUUUAUACUUUAAAAGACAUGAAAACAGUUACAAUACAUAUAGAUGAACAUUUUAUUGAAAACAUGCUCAAGAAAUUGAAAGAAUUCUUUGAGACUCAUUUCAAGAAAGCUGUUUUGAAUAGGUUUUUUUUCCAACAAAUGGAUUAAAUGCUGAGAUGUGCCUUAUUGAGUUCUUGUGGAAUUCUUGGUAUACAUUAGACUUCCCUGUAUAUUAG